AUGAUCGAUGUUCUAAAAAUGGGGGCAUUCAUCCUGACUCUGGACUGUUUGAUGCUUGCAGAUGGGAAGCUAUCAUUGAUAGGGCAUUCAGCUGGGGGCUGGCUCGCGCGCGUGUACAUGGAGGAAUUCGGGACUUCUGACAUAAGUUUGCUGCUCACGCUUGGCACUCCCCACCUGCCUCCUCCCAAAGGUGUUUCUGGCGUAAUUGACCAAACUAGAGGACUACUGAACUACGUCGAGAAGAAUUGUGCCCCCGCAGUUUACACACCAGAACUACGAUAUGUAUGCAUUGCUGGAAGGUACAUUCAGGGUGCUCCUUUAACUGGAAACUCCCUGGCUACUACCACAGAUGAGCUUGUCGCCGUGGACGCCCCAUCAGAAGUAGCUGAAGCAGUCAUGGCCAGUGCCGACGACAACAAAACCGCUCCGACAGGCCCCACCUUCCGGGCCCGUUUCGUCGGACAAGGCUACAAACAGGUUUGCGGCAGCGCCGAAGUCUGGGGAGAUGGGGUCGUCCCCGAAGUGUCAGCGCAUCUAGAGGGCGCACUGAAUAUAAGCUUCGACGGCGUGUACCAUUCUCCUGUAGGUUCUGAUGAUGAAGAGAGGCCCUGGUACGGCUCACCGGCCAUCCUAGAGCAAUGGGUGCACCAUCUCCUCAGUUGA